GCGAGUCACUCAUUCCUGUCCAGACUCCACACCGCUCACAUUUUUCUUAACAUUCAAGUCACGGAUUCUCAGGAGGAUUAUUUCACCUCUUUGAUUUUGGCUGUUUUUCUUUAAUUUCCCACAGAGGCAUGGUGUGGCUCUUAUCGUUUGCUUCAAUCGAAAACCAGUAACAAGUAGUCGAUCAGCUGACAUGGAAGUCACUGGAGAAAUCAGCGACACGGACAGCGGCAUUAUUCUUCAUUCAGGCUCUGACAGUCCAACUACGCAUGCAAAAGAUGUGACCACACACACGCGGGCCAUGAAGCUGAAACACCAGGCGCUCCAAGACCGGCUGGAGAUUUGCAUACUGGAGCUGAAGAAGCUCUGCAUCCGAGAGGCUGAGCUGACAGGUCAGCUGCCAAAGGAUUACCCUCUGCUACCAGGAGAGAAACCUCCACAGAUUCGCAGACGCAUCGGCGCUGCGUUUAAACUGGAUGAGCAAAACAUUCCUCAGGGAUCAGAGAGUUCAGAACUGAGUCUGGUGGAUGCCGAUUUGGCUCUUCAGACGAAGAUAUACGAAGCUGCUCGCAAGCUCUGUGAGGAAGAUCACCUGAGCAAGUCUGUCAGGAAGAGUCGGAUACUGCACAGCAAAACUGAAGAAAAGAAACUUAAGAAGCUUCAAGAAAAGGCCUUUCAGCUGCGGCUGGAGCAUGGCCGAUCAUCGCCACUCCCUGGUCUUAAUGUUACACAACAAGAUCUUGGCACAUCUGAUGACAGCUCUUUAUCUGAUUCUGCGGUGCAAGAUGAAGAAGUUACAAGCCAGACCUCGCAGCCAUCCUCUGGUCUUCCUUAUCCAGUGGAAACGGAUUCGCCCCGGCCGCUCACCAUGUCCUCACAUUCCUGCGUCAACAGCUCCUACAUGUCUUCAUCAGCGGCUCCUCGGUCGCCGCUGUCUAACCCCCGUCAGUCUCCCCGCCCCAGCAUCGACUCCAAGUUGAGUUUUAGCUCCAGCCCUGCGUACGACCCCCCUCCCAUCCAGCACUCCCCUUGGUCGGAGUCCAGUCUUGACCAGCCGUACCAGAAGAGCAAGAAGUCGCGUUCCUCCAGCACAAUGAGCAGUCCAGCCAAAUCUGAAUUGUUGCCACCGUUGGAGGCUUGCUUACCUCAACAACUGUCCCAUAUGAGACUGGGCCGCACCCAGUCCAGCAGCACCCCCUCCACUCCAGAGAUGCGUGUGCACAGACAGCUCUCUCUCAGGGUGUCCAAUCCUGAAUCGUCAUUUUAUAAGGAGCGUGGCCGUACCAGAGGUCCCAGGCGACGUCUGACAGAAUACCAGAUAAUGUUACCAGAAGCUCAUUCUCCUACGAUGAGCUACAGCAGCUGUGCUAGCUCUGAAGACAGCAACUCUGAACGCUCCUUCUCUAUUCACAGCAACUCCCCAUGUCAGGAGUUCCCCUCUCAUCCACGCAGACAGUAUCAGGCUACACCCCCUCUCUGCAGCCCAGAAGGCAGCUAUGGUCCUCAAGGUCUCGCUCCCACCGCCUUUCAUCGCAACCCCAGGUCUCUAAUGAGUCCUGUGGUUCAGAGACCGUAUUACGAUGAAGAAAUGGUCUACCCCGCUGACAUGGACCUGACUCGGCUCCGUAUCCCGCAACAAAUGGCUUGCUCCCCCAACACAUAUGAAUAUUAUUACAGAAAAGCUGCUAUUCCGCACCAGAGAGUACAGAGGCCUGUGCCUCCUGAUAUCAGACUCACCCCCCCAGCACAGAUGGACAACAUGCACUACAGCUUCCACGGUCUCCCACGUCAGGUGGUGAAUGAGCAGCUGAAGUCCUGGCACCGCCGCAGUCAGUUCAAACCGCCACGGUCUCGCUCUCUGGACAGACAGGGAGCAGUCAGGCUGAAAAACAUGUCAACUCGAGAAUCAACCAGCUUCCAGAAUCAGAAACACCACGACCAAGUUAUCCAAAGAGGAGCCAUGCAGAAAGCUGCAGAAGAAGCUCCAGAGCACUGGAUGAUAGACAAUGGCUCUCACUACAUGAGUCAAGUGUGAAGAUCAGAGAUUAAUUCACCGACUGCAGUUUGACAUGUUGAACCACAAUACAAUGGUCUGAAUAUCAAUAGCAUUGUCCGAAGGUAUUUUUACCAUUCUGUUUACUCACUUUAUUUCAUUUGCGCACAUAAAAUGAGGAUAAAGAUUGGAACGUCUUGCCAACAGAAAUCAGCAGGAGGUCAACAUUUCCUCAGCAGAGUUGAAUUUGCUGCAGAUGUUUAGAUUUGGUCUUGCUGCUGCUGCUCUUGUUCAGUCUGAAAUGCUUGUGUCAUAAAACGUAAAUCUUUAAUAUGUGGAAAAGUCAUACAAUGUUAAGUAGGUGUAUAAAGACAAAAAACUAACAAUAAUUGUUUGCUGUUGGUCAGCAAAGCUGUUCAUUUAAAAAGUAACUUUAUGUCCUUAAAGCUGAAGCAUGAAUUAUGAAAUUCAGGUACCGAGCUUUAGGUACUAAACUUUUUUUAGUUGGUAAUAUCGCAGGUUUUUGUGAGGAUGUACAAAGAAAAAUUGUCUUUUUUCUAGUAGAUGUGAAAUAAUGUCAUCCUUUUCAACCUGUUUUAGGGUAAUGAUCCACUAUGUAAUAAUAAUAAAGAUUAAAAGCAUAUUUUUAUGAAAUAAUCCCAGUUAAUGAGCUUGGGCUGCCUGUAGUCAGUGUCCUGAGAUUAAAAUCUUUGUUGUGUGUGUAUGUGUGUUUUAUUAAAAUAGUCAAAACAAGGUACUAACCUAAACAUGUGACGACUAAAGCAGCAAAAUAACAGAAGCAAAGUCGAAACUGAAUCUCUUGGCAGCUAUUAAGAAGUCAAACUGAAAUUCAUAUCCUUAAAGCUUUAACUCUACCUUGGGUUGGUUUUAUUUUUUGUUUUCGUUUUAAUUUCACCUUUUUUAAGCACCACCAGUGGUUGAUUAACAAUGUAAUUUGCACCCUAAAAACCACGCAAAGCCAAACUUGAACUCAAAGCAGACAUGGACCAGAGUUUGUAGAACAAAUCUAUUUUAUUGCUGUUUUUUAUAUAUAUAUGUUUUAAAUAGAACACAAUCAUUUUACCUUGUGUGCCUCUUGUUUUUUUACUGCCUUUUAUCUAUUUAUCUGUGUUUGCAGUUAAUAUUUGGUAAAUGUGUUGCUGUUUAACAAAACCUGUGAUUUUGGUUUUACUGUGGAAGUAAAAAAGUAUUGUUUGAAC